AUGAAGUUUGGAAAGGAGUUCAAACAACAAAAGGUGCCAGAAUGGAUUGAAGCCUACAUGGACUAUAAUGGACUCAAAAGAAUAUUACAUGAAAUUAAACAAAGUAAACUACUAGAAGAAGCUCCAACACCUUCUAGAAUUUCACAACAGAGGUUGUCACUAUACAGACCUUUUAGUGGUCUAAAUGUAAGAUCAAGCUCUGAUGAUGAAAGCACAGGUGAUGUUGAAGACCAAGUUAUAGCUGUUGAAACUGUGAGGCAAGAUGAUACUAGAGAAGUAUACAACACCAAUUUUCUCAUGUCUCCAAGACAAAGUGAGGUUACAUUUUUUCAGAAGCUUGAUGAGGAGCUUAACAAGGUUAAUACCUUUUAUAGGGACAAAGUGGAGGAAGUGAUUGAGGAAGCAACUUCAAUAAAUAAGCAAAUGAAUGCUUUGAUUGCAUUACGUAUCAAAGUGGAACAACCAGAUAUAAAUAAAUGUCAUAUACAGAGAAUCAUUUCUACAGAUAGUGGUUCCAUAGAAUCCUCAAAUAUAAAUUCUCCAACCAGAGUUUCACUAGAUGAGGAACAACAGAUUGAGAUGAAUGAUUGGAAUCAAAUGAGAAGCUCUUAUGUCACUAAUCCUAGUGAAAACAGACAUUUUGAUUCCAAAUCUGAUAAACAUAAAUCAGAUCCCUUGGAUGUUCUUGAUCGUGUAAAGAUCAACAAUACCCUUGAAAGCCCAAUGUCAACCAUCAGAAGUGUUCUCAAUGACUCAAAAGACAAAGAUUUAAGGUUUAAGAAAGAGGAGCUCAAAGAAGCAGAAGGCAGAAUGAAAGUUGUGUUUAUUGAAUUCUAUCGCAAGCUUCAUCUUCUUAAGCAUUACAGCUAUGUAAAUAUCCUAGCAUUCUCAAAGAUCAUGAAGAAAUAUGAAAAGAUUGCAUUAAGAAGGGCAGCAACGUCAUACAUGAAAAUUGUGGAUGACUCUUACAUCGGGAGCUGUGAUGAGGUUACUCUUCUUCUGGAUCGUGUAGAGGGCACCUUCAUAAAGUACUUUGCAAACUCUAAUCGUAGAGAAGGAUUCUUUUCUGGUUGCUCGAUUGCACUUUUGAUUGCUGCCAUAUUACUUAUACAAGCAAGGAAAGUAAUGUCUAAACAGGAGCACACCAUGUACAUGGAAAAUGUUUUCCCUCUUUACAGUUUAUAUGCGUAUAUAAUCCUACACAUGCUUUUAUACGCUGCAAAUAUAUAUUUCUGGAAGCGUUGUAGAAUCAACUACCCGUUUAUAUUUGGAUUCAAGCAAGGAACUGAAUUAAGCUACCAAGAUGUGUUUCUAGUCAGCACUGGUCUUGCAGUUGUCACACUCUCCACCUUUCUUCUUCACGUUCACAUGAAACUCGAUUCUGUUCACUCAAUAUAUGAAAAAUACAUUGAAUUAGUUCCAUUAAUCUUACUCAUUCUACUUCUUCUCAUAUUCUUUUGCCCUUUCAAUAUCUUGUACAAAUCCAGUCGUUUCUUUCUUAUCAAAUCUCUUUUCCAUUGCAUUUGCGCUCCUCUCUACAAGGUUUCACUUGCAGACUUUUUUUUAGCAGAUCAGUUGACUAGUCAGAUUCAAGCGAUGAGGUGCUUAGAAUUUUACAUAUGCUACUAUGGUAUGAGAUGGUAUCAAAAGGAGCAAAAAUGUCAUACGCUUAAUCUCUACAAUGUGUUCUACAUUAUUGUAGCAGUUAUACCAUAUUGGAUUCGCUUCCUCCAGUGUGUUCGGAGAUUGGUUGAAGAAAAAGAUUGGGUGCAUUUGAUAAACGGAUCAAGAUACUUGUUGACAAUUAUUGCAGUAGUAUUCAGAACUGUGUUUGAAUUAAAGAUGAAGAAGACAUGGAAGGUUUUGGCUCUUAUGACUUCAGUCGCUUCAAUUAUGUUCAACACGUAUUGGGAUAUAGUUGUGGAUUGGGGACUUUUACAAAGGAACUCAAACAACUUGUUCCUUAGAGACAAACUUUCAGUGUUGGAUGUUAUGUUGAGGCUUACGUGGCUUCAGUUGAUAUUGAAAUUUAACCUACAUUACCUCAAAGGAACUGCCAUAUCAAGUCUUUUUUCCUGUUUAGAAAUAUUCAGGCGAGGGGUGUGGAUGUUUUUCAGAUUGGAGAAUGAGCAUUUGAACAAUGUUGGAAAGUAUCGAGCAUUUAAAUCUGUCCCACUUCCUUUUAGUUACUAUGAAGAAGAAGAUGAGGAGGAUGACAAGGAUGAUUGA